GUUAAAUUACAUGUAUGCUUGCAAUAUUGGUUGUGUUUUAGAACUUAACUACAGUGAAAAGUCUUUAAUUAUUCAUUAAUAUGGGGACAUAGCUCGUGUAAAGAAACAAAAUGUCACAGAGCCACACAGACUAUGUCUGCGAUUACUGCGCCCGUUCGUUCACUAGAAAAUACAAUCUUCAAACUCACAUUGAAAACUGUCACCUCAAUUCGUCAUGCUACUGUGAUAUAUGCAAUCAAAGAUUUGGCAGCCCCGCUGGACUGCAGCUCCAUUUGUCGAGAGGCCAUAACAGGUUCGGCCAGGGUUUGCCAGAGUGUGAUAUAUGCGGUAGAAUAUUCACGAGAAAGCAAAAUAUCACGUCACACAUGAUAACAGUCCAUCUGCAAGGGGGCAGACAGGACAUCCGUUGCAAAAUAUGCAACAAGACAUUCACGACUGAUCGUAAUUUGAAAAGACAUGUUAAUCAAUUACACAACCCGGAUAUCGAGUACCCCACAUGCGAUAACUGCCAUAAAGUUUUUAAAGGUAAGCACUCGUUAAUAGCCCACAUACAAUCCGCGCAUAGUUCCGUCUUUAAAGGUCUCAUUAAAUGUAACCUGUGCGGUAAAGUGUACACGAACAAUCGAAAUCUGAAAAGGCACGUCGAAAUGAAUCAUGGGGAAAGGGGCGAGUACAAAUGCGACAUAUGCCCAAAGGUGUACACGUCUAAUCAGAGCUUACGACGUCACGCACGGACUCACACCGCCUACAAUUAUUCGCAGUUUAACUGUGAGCAUUGUUCAAAGACAUUCAUUGGCAAGGACAGUCUUGAAAAUCAUGUACUGUUCUGCCAUAGACAAGAAAAUUCAAGUUCCAAUGAAUACGAUGCAGCUGGUUCUAGUCGUAUCUAUGAAUGUGAAUUUUGUAACAAUGGCUUUGAAUACGAGUCCAGAUUGAGGUAUCAUAUUAAGUCUGAGCAUUCGUUCCAAGAGUUCUAUAGCUAUUGCAAGAAAACGCUCUUAAAAGCGACUUGGAGCUCAGAGAAGCCAAGGAAACAGAAUCUAUUGUUCUACAAUUGCGAAUAUUGUAUAAACGCAUUUUCGACUGUUUACGAUUUAAAGGAUCACAUGCGUUCCCAUCAUGAUAGGGAAUACAAUCUCUCUACGUGUAACGUCUGCUUCAGCAAGUUUUUCAGCAAAGAAACAUUGACAGAUCAUAAGAAAAUCUGUUUCCCGCCCGAUAAUGUAAACUCGUGCAGCCAUUGCGACAAAUUGUUCACGGAUAUAUCGAGUUUGAAAUUUCAUACGAGAAUUUUUCAUCCACAAGCUCAAGUCGCAGAUUCGAACAUAUCCUCUACGAACAUGGACGACUCGUCCGAAGCGUCCUUCAAAUGUAUACACUGUGAUCGUAUAUAUUACAGUGAAAGGUCUCUGAAACAUCACGUUAAAUUAAAACACACGACCGAACAAGCUGUCGAAUGUCAAUCGUGUGGAAAAAUAUGCAACAAUAAGUACUAUUUGGCGUCUCACAUGAAAAUCGUUCACAAUAAUGAUGCGUGGUCGAAAUGCGAUUAUUGUGAUAAACAGUUUAAAUCAAAGAGAAAUAUACGACGGCAUAUCGAGUACACCCAUUUAGGGAUGCAGAGAUAUAAGUGUAUUGAAUGUGAAACGCUUUUUAAGGAGAAGCGAAGUCUCAGGAAGCAUGUUAGAACGAAACAUCCAGACUCCACGGCAUUUCCUCAAUGUCAUAUAUGCCAAAAACGUUUCGAAUCAGCGAAAUCCUGUAAAAUUCACCUGAAAUUACUGCAUUCUUUCAAUAUGAAUACGCAUCCGUGUGAUCUUUGUUCAGUUUCGUUCACGUCGAUCGAAGCCCUGAAUAUACAUCUGUCGACGAAACAUUUGGCUGAGGACGAGAUUUAUAAAUGCGAAGAGUGCAACAUGGUUUUCAAAGGUCAGGAGAGGUUUGACCAUCACAAUGAGAGCUACCACAUCAAUGUGCCGACGUCACAGCAAAAGCCGCUGCCACGAUGCAUAAUAUGCAUGAAAGAUUUUAGUACCAGAAAAACUUUGAAACGGCACAUAAAGAAAUUCCACUGCGAGUUUAAUGUCGACGAACUAGCGACUUAUGGUUCUAGAAAUCGUACUUUUAACGUCGAUUGCGGUGAAUGCUUAAAGAACUUCAACGAUGAUUUUUACUUCAGUGUUUAUCAAAAGCUAAAACAUCUUCGUGAUUCCGUAAUAUUUAAAUGUGAAACUUGUGUCACGUCCUACUCAAGCUUAGAGUACGCUAUACAAAGAUACAAGCAGACAUUCGAUAUAUCCAAGAGUAAAUUGUAUUUGAGCGAGCUAUGUACGACUGAAAUGAGUGACGCCGAUGAUUUUGAGUAUAACGAAAUAAUGGAACCGGAGAGUACAACGAGUGACAUCAAAAUAGAACCCGUAGACGAAAUGAAUUCCGAGUGUGUCAUUAAGUUGGAACCAAUGACGCCAUAAUAUUAUGAAUAAGAUGAUAAUAAUGUCAUCUUGAUCGAUUUCGUACACGCCGGCCAAUCUGAAGAGAAAUCAGCCAACUAGGCAAAGUAAAUAACAUUUUUAUACUCAAAUCAAGUGCCAUGACAUAACGCAUAAAGUAUCAUUGUGUAGUUUGUGCCCUUCCUUGUCGUUCGAUUUCACCGGUAAAGUGUAAAAGAAAACAGAGUUAUUUUCGCUUUUAUAAUAUUAGUAUGGUGUAUUCGUGUGUGUGCUUGCUACUGCAUUUGAAGCGAGUUCCGUUCCGUUCUGAAAUUUUACACUUUUGACUUGUGACAAAAUAUCUGGAAUAUAAAAGUCAAUAUUUCUUAAUCGGCCGGUUUCGAUAUUCGAAGUCGAAAUCUCAGAGAUUUUCAACCGAAAAAGCUCGUGGCUACGAGUGUGCCUUUUCGACUUAUUCGAUUGUGUUGACAUUAACUGCGGUUUGCAUGGAAUGGAAACAGCGCUGUCUAGUGACGAUAAUCGGAAGUAAAAAAAAUAGCACUAAGCACAUCGAUCUAUGAGGCGAACCAAUGGAGAAAGUUUGCGUUAAGAUUUUUGCUAUAUAUAAUUUUUGAGCAAUUUAACUGGAUUAAAAUAAUAGUUAUUAUCACUCACUCAUUCAUUGCUCUGUGAAAUGCAGACAAUUCAAUUAUGAUGAUAAACCAAUUCUAUGCGUGUAUUCUUGAAAUAUUAUGAUUAUAACGAUCAAUGUCGAAUCACUUUCUGAAGUUUCUCACCCGUUUCCAGUGAAUUACGAGUUCCUUCAUACAGAAUAAGUUUACUGCAUUUCACAAACUGGAUGUAACAAAAGGUUACAAAAACAAAUAUAUAUUAUUAAUGUUAUCAUAGAUUAUAACA